AUGUAUGAGAUAUACAAUGAGAAGCCAUUGCAUAGAAGAGUGCAGAUGAUUCCACUGUAUGCGAUACCGGCUCUGUCUCUGGUGUUUUCAUAUGUACAGGUAGUAGCAGUGCUUAUGAUCAUCGUGUCUGGAGGAAUGUUUUUUGCAGCGCUUUGGUCUAGCAGGAUCAGAAUACUGUUUUCAAUGAGUAGAAGCAAGACAAAGAAAGGAGAUUACAUACUAUAUGAAGGAACGCUCUGCAAGCUUGCCGAUGGUGCAUUUGAGUUUGAGAAGUCUGGAUACAUGCUGGAGGAUGGAAAGGUAAUCAGACUGAGGGCAAGCACAAAAAAGACAUUUGGGUACUUUUCCAGAUGGUCUGACAGAGCAACGGAGUUUGUUGAAGGGCGCCGUCUUAGCCACUUCAAGAAGAAUCAGUUUGAUAUUGUCCCUCCCACGUUUUCGGAGCUUUUUUUUGAGCAUGCGGUGUCGCCGCUCUUUGUGUUUCAGGUGUUUUCUGGGCUGCUGUGGUGUCUUGAUGAGUAUGUGUACCAGGCGAUCUUCAGUCUUAUUAUGCUUGUUGUUCUUGAGUCUGGGCUUGUGUUCCAAAGAAUGGUGACGGCCAGAAGCUUCAAGAAGAUGAGCCAUUCGAGUGUAGAGGUUAGGCUGGCGUAUGAAUCAAAGAAGGGAAUGAUCGAAGCGCCUGGAAGGAGGAUGAUGUCUUCUGAGCUUUUUCCUGGCGAUGUGAUUGAGAUUGACUCUCUGGUGAAUGUUCCAUGCGAUCUUUUACUGAUCAAGGGAGGAUGUGCAGUGAAUGAAGCAAUGCUGUCUGGAGAGUCAGUGCCACUGAUGAAGGAGGAUAUUUCCGAAAGAGGAUCUGCAGAGCUGUUUGACAGGGCCAAGGACAAGAGGCACAUCCUUUAUGCAGGAACAGAUAUAGUUAUGAUGGGCAAGUCGCCGCUUGUUUGUUUUGUGCUGCACACUGGAUUUGAGACGGAGAAGGGAGAUCUUGUGCGCAAGAUGAUGUGUGCGGAGGAGGUGACUGUGAAUGAUAAGGAGGCAUUUGUGUUUAUUUUUGCGCUUUUGAUGUUUGCGAUUGUUGCGUCGUUCUACACGUACUGUGAGGGAAAGAAGCUUGGGAAGUCGAACUACAAGCUGCUUCUUGAGGUUAUUUUGAUUCUUACGAAUGUAGUGCCUACUGAGUUACCAAUGGAGUUGAGUAUGGCAGUGAAUGGGUGUGUAAGGGCGUUGAUUGGAAAGGGAGUGUAUUGCCUGGAACCUUUUAGGAUUCCGUAUGCAGGGAAGGUGAAUGUGUGCUGCUUUGACAAGACAGGUACAUUGACGGAAACAUCUAUGGAUGUUGCUGGAAUGAAGCAUCAAACGGCAAAGUCGGCUGAUGUGCUUGCAAGCUGCCAUUCGCUGCUGAAUAUUAAUGGGAAGGUGCUAGGAGAUCCGAUGGAGGUUGCUGUUUAUGAAUAUAUGAAUAAAGAAGGGAUGAGUGCUGGAGGGAAGUACAAUUGCAUAAAGACGUAUUCGUUUUCGUCUGAGACGAAAAGAAUGAGUGUGGUUGCGGAGCUUGAUGGAAAUGUGUUUGUGGGAAUGAAGGGAGCACCAGAGACGGUGAAGAAGUAUUUGAAGAAUGUGCCGGAGUGGUAUGAUGAGUAUGAGGAGAGUGCGUCCGAGGGAUAUCGAGUGCUUGCGCUUGGCUAUAAGUGUUUUGAUAGGAAGGAGAAGUAUGAUAGGGAUGAUGUUGAGGGAGGCCUUGAGUUUGCAGGGUUUUUACUGUUUGAUUGCAGGCUUAAGAAGAAUGUGAAGGAAACAAUUGGAGCACUUUAUGCAUCUGGGCACAAGGUUGUAAUGAUAACAGGAGACAAUGCACUGACAGCGAAGAAUGUUUCGAAGAGGAUAGGGAUAUCUGGGAGAGCAGUAGAAGGAGAGGAGAUAGAUGUGGCGCUUGAACGCGAUGAUUUUUUUUCCAUAUCGAUUUUUGCGAGGGCCGAUCCUAUACACAAGGAGAAGAUUAUUGAAAGAUACAAGAAUGCAGGGAGCUAUACACUGAUGUGUGGAGAUGGGACGAAUGAUGUUGGUGCAUUGAAGAGUGCACAUGUUGGAAUAGCUCUUAUGGAGGCGGCGUCUGUCUCCAAAACGAGUGCGAAGGAAGCAAAGAGAAACGGCAUGGGUGUUGGAGGAAGGAUAAGCAGGCAGGAAGCGAUUGAGAAUAUGUCUAAAGAGCUUGCGGAGCCAAAGAUGGGGCUUGGAGAUGCAAGUGUAGCUGCGCCGUUCACAGCAAAAACCGGAUCUUUAGAAUCUGUGUUGGAUGUGAUAAGGUAUGGAAGGAGCGCACUGGUGACUACGGUGCAGAUGUAUAAGAUUCUUGCACUGAACUCGUUGGUGAGUGCCUUUUCGUUGAGUGUGCUUGACUGCAUGGGUGUCAGAUAUGGAGAGACACAGCUUGUUGCAUCAGGGCUGCUGAUAGGAUUUGCGUUUAUGUUUUUGACACAGAGCCAGCCGUUGAAGGAGAUAAGCAAGAAAAGACCACUGACGAACAUCAUCAAUCCGUAUAUUGUAUUUUCUGUGAUUCUUCAGGUGUUUGUGCAUAUUGCGUCGUUUUUUGUAAUGAUAAGAAAGAUAAAGAGUAUUGAGGUGCCUGUUUACCACGAGAAGUUUUCGCCGUCGCUGAUGAACUCUGCACUGUUUUUCCUGUCCACUACGCAGCAAAUCUCGACAUUUCUCGUGAAUUAUAUAGGUAGGCCGUAUAGAGAAAGCCUGGUUGAGAACAAGAAGCUGUUUGGAUGCCUGCUGAUGCUGCUAUUUUUGAUACAGCAGCUGAUUUCAGGAAGCAACAGUGAGCUUAGGCAGAAGAUGGAGGUUGUGGAGAUGGGAGAUUUGAAGCAUUUUGUUUACACAGUGCUUGUGAUGGACAUUUUACUGUGUUAUGCAUUUGAAAAGAUGUGUUUCUACAUGUUUAUGCUUUGA